AUGAAGGAGGAUGAGACACUCGACAGUUACACUGGACGAUUGAUGGUGAUGUCGGUGAAGUUCAGUAACCUAGGAGGGACGCUUGAUGAUGUAGCGUUGGUGAAGAAGUUGUUCGACAUCGUGCCCAAUUGCUUCAUCAACGUCAUGGCCGGGAUCGAGCAAUUCUUUGAUUUGCUAAAGCUAGCGUUUAAGGAGGCGGUUGGGAGAUUGAAGGCGUUUGAGGAUCGGACAUGGCAGGGAGCUAGAUCCGUGAAGAGUGACAGUGGCCAACUGUGUCCAGAUGCCAAGAAGCAGGACGAGGCACAUCAUGUUCGUGCAGAGGAGGGCAAGGAGCCACUGCAUCUUACAGAAGGUGUUGUUUUAGGAGGCAAGGUGGAGAGUGUGUAUCUGCAUGAAAGAAGUGUGAUGCUAGAACUGCAUCUUACAGGAGGCAGUGAAACAUCUGGUGAUGUAUGGUAUCUUGAUAAUGGAGCAAGUAACCAUAUGACAGGUGAUGUGGAGAAGUUCAAGUCACUUGAUGAGGGAAUCACUGGAAAAGUCAGAUUUGGAGAUGGCUCUAUUGUUGAGAUCAAGGAAGUGUUUUUCAUUCCCAAACAUCAUAGCAACUUGAUAAGUUUAGGCCAGUUAACUGAAUGUGGACACAAAAUAAUACUUGAUGAUGAUGUAUUAGAAGUGUCAGAGAAAAAUCCCCUAAGAUUGAUCAUGAAGAGUUGGUCUACAGAUUUAGGUGAAGCAGACUUUACUGUUGAAGAUGAUGUUGAGCUAGUGAGAUUUGGUGUUGGAAGUGGAAGUGGCAGUGGAGUUGCUCAGCAGACACAGUUAGUGUCAGGGGGAGCAAUUGCUGGAAACACAGAAGGGUCAGUAAGCAUGACAGGCAAUUUGCCAGAUGAGCUACAGUCACCUGGGACAGGGACAGAUGCUGGGGCAAAUGCAGUGAUUCCAGCCUCUGUUAAUUCACAUCCAGUUAACUCAAAUGUUCAGGCAUCAGGAAGUUCAGGUUCAGUAGGUGGACAGUUUGGUUUGUCAGAUAAUGAACAGUAUGGUUCAGACUUACCAGAUGGAGGCAACAGUUCUGAAGAUAGUCCACUGAGAUUUAGAAACCUGAAUGAGAUUUAUGAAGACACAUCAGAGGUGGAUUUGGCUAUGGACUCAGACAUGGAGGCUAUGCUAGCAAUUAUGAAAGAACCCACUUGCUACAGAGAAGUUGCAGGAGAUGCAGACUAG